AUGCCGUCGAAUCCGCGUAAGAAUGACAGAGUCGAGGAUGCGAGCGUGCAACUACACCGGCCCCGAGCGCGGGAAAUUGCUGAGAGCUUACUCGUGGACACGACGUGGGUUUGCGUCUACUUGUAUGAGAAUGAGAUAGAGAAAGGUGGAGCAAACGCGAUUGCUGAAGCACUCAAGGUGAACACGUCAGUGACUGACCUCGGCCUGGGUAAGAUUCAGAUUGGCGAAGGUGGAGCGCGAGCAAUUGCUGAGACACUCAAAGUGAACACGAAGCUGACUUGGCUCAUACUGUGCCAAAAUCAGAUAGGCGAUAUUGGAAUGAAGGCGAUUGCUGAAGCACUCAAAGUGAACACGUCAUUGACCGAGCUCGAGUAA